AAAAGACCGACGUUGUCCACAUCCUCUCUGCCAUAACCAGGCACCGUCAAUAUGCGAUCGCCAUGGAGUUCGGUAUGGCUAUGGGGAAGUUUGCUGGUAUCGGGUAUUGCAGCAGCGCAACGUGAAACCGUUGUGUAUCCCCAAAAAUAUCAAACAUCGCAUCAUGCAGCAAACGCCUCGGGCUCGACCUGCAUCACAUUAUCGUCCUCCAAUGUAGCUGUAAUUCUCGAUUAUGGGACGGAAAUCGGCGGCUUUCCAGUGUUCGACGUCCAGUCAGUCGCGGGCCCAGUUCAGGUAGAAGCCAAAUAUUCCGAAUCCAGAGUCGCUCUGGAUGCACCCUUCGGCGACGGGCCCUGGACAUUCUCGAAUGGACUUUCCAAUACCUUUCGCGUCGAGACUUUCAAUGUCACCGAGUCGGGACAUGUCCAAUCUUUUCUCAUUCAAGGAGGUCUCCGCUGGCAAAGACUACAGCUGCUGAGUCCGGAGAGCACGGUUAAGAUCUGCCGUGUGGGCAUCCGUUCUGCCAAUGAUCGAACAGCAGUCGAUGCUCUUCCGGGACAUUUCGAAUGCUCAAACUCGCUGUACAAUGAGAUUUGGGCGUUGGGUCCUCGGACAGUACAGCAGGCGUGUAUCGCAAACAACACGGCGCCGUCUACCUGGGAGGUAACAUCAGAUGGCGCGUACCUUCGUGGUCAGCAGCCAGCUGCAUCCGUCAAGGGUGUGUCCUACGCAAAUUACACGAUGUCCUUCCGCUCGAAGAUUGUCCGCGGCGGUACAGGCUGGAAGGUUGCCUCCGGUGUGACUGGAUAUGGCCCGUAUUUUGUUCUCACGAGCGAGUAUCCCCCUGAGUCGACAUUUUUGAAUACCAAUCGCACUCUUGUCCCUCCAAACACUCUGGUGGUUGGAUACGGAUAUAACCUGGUCAACCAGACGUCAUUGCCAACAGGCGCUGUCAAGCAUUUUCCACUAUCGUUCAACGUGACGGAAAGCAAAUGGUAUAAUAUAUCGACUACCAUCAACCAGACCGGCUACUCUGUGUCUAUCAAUGACCACCCAGCAGUCUUUGUUGCGCUAAAGAAUAUUCAAACCCCCAGUGCCAGCAUCGGGGGCCCAAGUAGUCUCACCAGUGGCACAUGGGCUUUUGGACCGUACCAAGACCAGAUAGCAUACGUCAAGGAUGUCGAAGUGUCAGCGCAGAAUGGGACACAGCUAUACCAGAAUCCGAUGACCGACGAAUCUGUACUCGAAGAAUAUGGAGUUAUGACUAACAGCGAGUCUGUCUGUCUAGACGGCGCUAAACGAGAUCGCCUGGUAUGGUCCGGAGACUUCGCUCAUACAUACCGUGUCAUUACAGCGAGUACACAUCGUCAGGACUUCCUUACAGGCACGUUGGCCUACAGCUUGGACCGACAAGCUACGUCCGGUGUAUAUGAAGGAUUCUUUUCUAUGUCGCCGACAAUGGGCCAAUCCGCAGAGUAUACCUUGAUAUACAAUGCCUUCGGAAUCUUAGACUAUCAAAUGCUUUUCCUUAAUACUUUUGCCGGUUACUAUCUCGACUUCGCCGACGACGAAUUCCUGCAGAAAUACUGGCCUCGAGCAAAGAGAGGGGUCAAUGCAGUCCUGCCUCUUGUCGACAGUGUCUCUGGACUCGUCGUCUCCCAGUCUAUCCCAGGGUCUUUCUUCCUCGGGCCCGCGAAUGGAACCGCACCUUCAGCUCUACUAGUAUACACCCUCCAACGCAUGGGAAGACUGGCCAACAUCAUCGGAGACACCGAGGCAGCCACGAACUGGACCACAACAGCAUGUCACAUCUCCGACGCCAUCAACCGCCAAUUAUGGAACGACAAGACAGGAAUCUACGGCGAAAGCCUAACCUCCCUCAACGCAUCCUCCCUAACAGGAACAGCAUGGUCAAUCCUUGCAGACGUAGCAAAUACUACCCAAGCCCAGCGAUCUAUCGCAGCACUCUCCACCCUCCGUCUGGGUAUCGGAUACAAAGAAUCAUCUUCGACCUCGAACGCGUCUAAUACCCAGCUUUCUCCCAACCUAUCAGGCUUCCUCCUCGAAGCACUCUUCCAACACAGCCGCUCCAAGACAGCUCCACAGAACGCAACAACAGAAGCAAUCAGCGUCCUCCUCAACCGUCUCUGGCCUGCAAUGGUAAACCAGGAUAAAUACUACACAGGCGCAGCAUGGGAAUACGUCGACGCCGUUGGCCGCCCGGGAUUAGAAUUCUACACAUCCCACGCUCAUCCCUGGGGCGCAGCGCCGACAUACGUUUUCACGGAAUACGUCCUCGGUAUUCAGUCUGUGACACCUGGGUUUAAGGAGUGGGCGUUCAGACCUGCAUUGCUUGAUGUUGAGGUUUCUUGGGCUAGGGGGAGAGUUCCGACGCCAUUUGGGACGAUUCGGGGGGGUUGGACGGUUGAUCGGGCGAAGGGGCAUUUGGAUUUGAAUGUUUGUGCGCCAGAGGGGACUAAGGGGACGGUUUGGUUGCCGUUGAGUGUGGAGUCUUAUACGGUUAAUGGGGAGGAGAGGAGUGUUGAGGGUGUAGGGUUGAAGGAGGAGGUUGGUGGGGGAAAGUGUGCGAGAGUUUCUGUUACGUUGAAGUAG